CUGUACUCGACACGAAUCGCACUUAGCUCUCACCCACAACCUGCUUUCAACAAUGACUGCAAGGUUAUUUGAGCCGAAUAUAUAACUUUUGUCAGUCAUAACACUUUAACUCUGCGGUUUUCCCCGGUCUACUUAAAAAUGGAUCAUUCCAAUAGAACUGACCAGUCUGCACUAAUAAAGAAAAAGGAUCCUUUGACACAGCGGCUCUGCAGAGCGUCAGGUAGCGGGGAAAAGAGCGGAACGGAAAGCAAACGAAGCAAAAAGUGUUCAUAGAAAUACAGUGUAGACGUGAACACUGAAAAUGACGAAAGAAAAUGAGAGUCUGUCGGAAUAUGUGCCUUUGAUUAGAGAAGUGAGAGAGACAGAGCGACGCGUUCGGUAUCCAAACACAUCACUAUUGCUGGCUGUGUGCGCAGCUGGCAUUGGAGGUACCUUUCAAUACGGCUACAAUAUAUCGGUCAUCAAUGCUCCUACAAAAUAUGUUCAGAACUUCAUCAAUCAAACCUGGUUGGAACGGUAUGAAAUGGACAUCAGCGAGCAAAUGCUUACGCUUCUGUGGUCCAUCAUCGUGUCUGUUUUCACUCUGGGUGGAUUAAUUGGAGCAUCGAUUGGAGGAACCCUGGCAAUCAAGUUUGGGAGAAAAGGGGCAUUGUUGCUCAACAACACUUUUGCAUUGCUGGCAGCACUGUUGAUGGGGCUCAGUUAUCCAGCUGGAUUGUAUGAACUUCUGAUAGUUGGGCGUUUUCUUACUGGGAUCAAUGCAGGUAUUGGCGUAUGUGUGCAGCCUAUGUACCUGGGAGAAAUAGCCCCAAGAAUGUUUCGUGGAACCAUGGCUAUGGGGACAUCCAUUUUUAUAACUGGUGGAAUUUUCACUGGACAGGUGAUUGGGCUCAAUGAACUACUUGGAAAAGAGGAAUACUGGCCUAUUCUGCUCUCCACCCCGUGUAUCCCAGCAGUCCUGCAGAUCCUCAUUCUGCCAUGGUUUCCAGAAAGCCCCCGGUAUCUCCUGAUUGACAAAAUGAACGACACUGAAUGCAGGAAAGCCCUCAGACAACUGCAUGGCUCUGGAAACUAUCAUGAGGAGAGAGAGGAUAUGGAAAGGGAGCGAAUCAACGCACUGGGCAUCAAGCCCAUGAAGCCCUGGGAGCUCUUUGGAGACCCAAGCUUAAGCUGGCAGCUCACUACUGUGAUUCUUCUCAACUGUGCCCAGCAGCUCAAUGGCAUUAAUGCGAUUUAUUUCUAUGCAGACUAUGUGUUUGCUCAGGCUGGGAUUCCAGCAAACAAGAUCCCAUACGCCACAGUGGGAACAGGGGCUUGUGAAUGCCUCACUGCCCUCACCUGUGGCAUAUUGAUUGAAUCCCUUGGAAGAAGAGUGCUGAUCAUUGGAGGAUAUUCCCUUAUGACCCUUUGGUGUAUUUGCUUAACCCUCACCCUGACCUUCCAGGAAACAAGUCCAUGGGUACCCUACCUUAGCAUGAUAGGGGUCUUUGCAUUUAUUCUGAGCUUUGGCUUGGGACCAGGUGGUGUGACUAACAUCCUUACCACUGAGCUAUUCACACAGACUUCACGGCCUGCCGCUUACAUAAUUGGGGGCUCCAUCAACUGGCUCAGUUUCUUCUUCAUCGGCAUAGUGUUUCCAUUCAUCGUGAACAGCCUGCAGCAGUACUGCUUUCUGGUGUUCUUGGCCAUAUGUUGUCUGGUGGCGGGAUACAUAUUCAUAAUUGUGCCGGAGACCAAGAACAAGACAUUCUUGGAAAUCCAGAUGGAGAUCCAGUCCAGGACAUUGAGGAAGCACAACAAAUCAGAGGGAGGGAACGGUCCUGUGGCAACUCUCCUGUCAACACCUCUGUGAAACUACCUCCCUGUGUCUAGACAGUGUGUUCAACUUCAGUCUUAAUUUCUGUAUUAGCAAACCUACCGUUACUGGGACUGCCAGUAAUAUUUUGUUUGAAAUUAAGGUUAUGAGAGUUUUUCCUUUUGCUUAUAAAACAUUUUAAUUAUAUUAUGUUCUUGCACACUUCUUUGAGCAUUGAUCUUUUCCACCAUUUCUUUCAAAAUUUCAAAUGUUAAUGUUUUAUUAUAAUAACACACAUCUUCUGGCUGCAUAAUAAGUUCUGUAAUAACCACUGAGAAAAAAAGUCACAGUAAUCUUAAGAUUUACAAUGUAAUAUUGAGACUUAAAAUUUAUAAAAGACUGACCUGAUUUGAGUAAACCACAGCCAGAACAUGUUACAGUCAGAUACAGGGGAGAUGAACUACCGACCUCUAUAUUUGAAAUUCAUGUCGUUUCUAACCUUACUAUCAG